AUGGGCGGUUUCGCCAGCAAGCUUGGCGACUUCUUUUCCUUUCUCUCCGCCGGUGACUGGGACUCCGCCGACGCCGCUGCGGAGCAAAGCCAUGCCGCCAACGCCAACGCCGCUGCAGAGAAGAAAAGCGGUUCCGGCGGUAUCUUGGAGGACGCGGCCAAGAAGGCCGGCGCCCGUGGUGCGGCAUCCAUGGCGCUCGCGUCCGUCCAGAAGGCGGCAUCCGCGGUGCUCGCGUCCAUCCAGAGAGCGGCCGAGACGGCGGUGAGCUACGUGUCCGGGCUGCUCGCCGCAGCCUCAGCAGCUGCUUCUUCGGCCCUUGUCCCGGCCUACGGGGCCCUGAAGCUUGCCGCCUACGCCGCCGGCAACAAGGUGGUGGAGCUCGUGAAGCAGCUCCUCGGCAGCGGCGCGGCCGCGGCCGUGAAGAGCAGGUUCGACGCUGUGGCGGCGGCGCUCCGCGGGGGCGCCUCGUCGUUCGCCGCUACCGUCGCGGCCGCCCUCGAUGCCGCCGUCUCGGCCGGCGCGCGAGAGGCCUUCGCCGCGCUGCCGGAGCUUGCGUCCGCUUGGGUCACUAAUCCAGCGGCGGCGGCGGCAUCAGUCGUCGCGGAUAUCAAGUUCAUAGUCAGGUUCAUCCCGCUCGUGGAGAAGCUCCUGGGUCUGGUGAUCCCGGCAGAGGUCAAGGCGGCCAUCGCCGUCGUGGCCGUCGCGGCGGGUUUGUACUCCGCGUUCUGUGCCGCGCCGGCUGCUGGUGCACCGGCCGGGCCCAUUGUGACGAAGGCUCCAGGUGGCGGCGGCGCCUCUCAGCGGAUCCUCAGGUCGGCUUUCGAGGCCAGGCGAACCCGGCGUUUUAUUUCAGCCUGCUCGCGGCUGAAGCAUUUGGCUUCGGUUUCGGCGCGUGAUGCGCUGCGGCCGCUACAGCGGGAUUGCCAUCUGAACAUGACGCUCUUGCUGGUUAAUCCUUGA